AAUUCGAUCAGUUCGUUGGACAAGGUAAAGUUCUCCAUAACUAUGCGUCGAUCCUCGAACUGCUACUUCGAUUACGGCAAGCUUGUGAUCAUCCUUUUGUUGUUCUGAGCCGCGGCGAUACUGAAGACUUUGCGGACCUUGGAAAGCUGGCUAGACGUUUCUUGGACCCAAAGUCCAGGCUCUGCUGCACCACCUCCAGACGUUAAGUGAGGCCGGGUCGAAAAGCGUUGUUUUUAGUCAGUGGACAGCGUUUCUCGACUUGUUAGAGAUACCAUUGAAAAGGACGAACUUCUGUUUCGUCCGCUUGGACGGAACACUAUCGCAGCGCUCAAAAACUUCAGCAAUAUUCCAGCCGUGGCUGUCAUGCUCAUGCUUUUCUCAUGGAGAAGGUCCUCCUCCACGACCACUCUACGUCCCAGCAAUAAGAUUUGGUGGGUGGUCACCUCACUUCCAGCAGCACCAAGACCCACUUUUCCCUUCGGAUCCAUUCUUGACUCCGUCGAACCACUGAUUUCUACGCUCGUUUGCUCCUCUUCCAGUCGAGAUCCGCCAGUGCCGUAUCCUUUUCCAAAUGCUCCGACUUUCCAGCCUGCUGAUAAUGUGGUUCAUCCGCCGCAUUCCUCUGGGGAGCUUAAAGCUCGUCCUGGCCUUCACUUGGAGUCUCCGGUGUUUGGACCCAGCGCAGCUGAGACCUCGGACUCCAAACGCGCCCCAGAGCAGCCGAGGAGAUCGGUUACACCUGCGAAGGAUGACAAGCAACAAUUCCACGGCAAUGGUUCCGAGCUCCUUCAGUUGUUACAGGGUGGUCCUGGUCGUGUUAAGCCCACAGCCUCCACAAAGGUGGAUGCUACACAGGACAGUGGGGAUUCUGGAGAGCCAUCAAAGAAAGGAAGUCCAUCUGCUGUUCACGGUCCCAUAGGACCGCCGAGGCGUCAUGUCGUUUCUCCUCCGCAGAGUCCAAAUGACCUCCUUGGACGUUUGUGGGCUGCUCUUCCGUCGUCAAGCCACACUUUGUUUGACGGAGAAAGCGAACGCAAGCCGCCAGCCCGGAGCUUUGGCGUUGAAGUGAACGAGAUGUCCCGGGAAGUCGAUGGAGGUGGAGCUGCUGGUUUCGCACUUUUGAAGCGAAGAGGAUCGGAGCCUGCCGCCUCGCACUACCUUUAAACGGCUACGACUAUAACGACUCUAAGACAAAUGAUAAGCCGAGGACAAACUCGGCAUCCGGAAGACUACAGGACUAUCGUGGGAGAUACGUAAAUGGAGAGGCCGAAUUUGAGCCCGGAGGCGAUGACUUUAGAGGUGCGGGAAGGCGUCGAGGUACCGGUCGUGCAGACGCCAGACGCGGUGGUCGGGGUGCUGUUGGCCAGUGGAUUGCGGUAAGUGAGAGGCAUAAAGAUGCUGAGCCAAGUGACAUCACCUCCUGCGGUAUCUCUGAUGGAAGGGACGAGUCGCUUAAAUCUUGAAACGGGACUUAGUCGAAUGCUCGGAGAAAACAUCAACAGGAAUGGAGGAUAAAACAGGCCGACUCAAAGGCAGCAUUUCCAGCGGAGGAAAAACCGGACUACAAGGUUGCAAAGGCACGGUCUUUGGCAUCUCAACUUGAACGUCCAGGCUUGCCAUCGGGAAGUACGCAAAACUCUUCCGUUGGCGCGGCUUUUGAGGAGUCCAAACAGAGGCUCCAUAAUCUAGAUGCUUUGGA